CGUAAUCAAAUAUGGCUUCCUAUAUUUACAUGUAUUUUGCAUCUGAAGCAAUAUUUCCGUGUUGAAAGAACUGAUUAAGCAGUCAUAACAAAAAUAUUUAGAAUAAUUAGUCUGUUCAAGUAAAUACCAUAAAAUACAAGGGUGACAAGCACCCAUAAGGCAUGAACUCAAAUUAUUUACCUUCUAGUCAUCUCUAGACUGUAUCAGCAGCGGCCCCUCUUCUGUCUGGUCCCCCCUUGUAGGGGGAGGGUCGAGUACGCUUGACCCCAGUGCUCUCAAACUCAUCCACUGCAUCUACUGUGCAGAUUGCCGCAUGGAGAAGCUGGCCUCGACUGGCAGCGCCUUCCACCAGCAGACGGCCGCUAUGACCGAGAGCUCGGGGGCCAGCACAUCCACCUCAUCACAGACACCCCUGGUGGGCGUGCCCCUGGCUCCACCCAGAACACCGCCCGACCAAGCUUCACUGCAAAGUAGUAUGGACAAAAACAAAGAAACUUUAAAGAGGAAGUUAAUGCUGAGGAGGUCUGUCAAUGAACUCGUGGAUCGUGGAAUCUACCCGCCAUUAAAGACACCCCCAGCAUUUGCUGAAAAGACAAAACAAUUGGAACGUGCCAAGACAGGUGACCUGUUACGUCACAAGAUCCAGCACAGACCAGACAGGCAGGCCCUGGUCCAGCAGCACAUACUUGAAGAUACUACAAUAGAUCCCUCGCUACAUGAGCGCCAGAGGUUGUUAAAACGUUCCCGCUUGCUGGAUGGCCUCAAUGAUAAGUUGGCCCAUAGACCCGGGCCGCUAGAGCUAGUACAGGGCAAUAUACUGCAGCCAUCAAAUGAACUGGCCAAUGCUAUCAAAGAUGGCACCCUCCAGUUUGUGCCCACCUGUGACACUGAAGACAUGGACCAGUCCAGUUCCUCCUUUCUCUUUGAUGAUGAAAGUCCUGGGAGUGAGGGAGCUCCGUCCCCUCCCAUGGAUGAAUCAGGUCUGUCUGAUGUCAGUAGCCCCAGCUCUGCUCCGCCCAUCUUCACCGAUUCCUUCCCCCUCUCCUUUACGUUUGCUAAAAGCAUAUCCAUUCCUGUGACCAUCAACAAGGUCCACCAAAGUCCAGUGCCCAUCGCUAGUAAUGCCCAACCCAAGCUGUCCACGGCAAACACCAUCACCAACCUACACAACCACAGCAGCGGCAAGUCCCGGUCCAAGAAACCCAAAUCAAAGAGCACGUCUAAAGCCAGGAUCAUCAAGUUCCAUGAGUACAAGGGUCCUCCAUCCGUGCUCAAAAGCCAGGCUUCCAGCACUGCAUCCAGCGCCACAUGCAGCAGUGCAGCAGAAGACACCCCAUACCACAUCAUGCUCCAGCAGCAGCAGCUCUUCCUCCAGUGGCAACUUGAGUUCCAGCACAAGCAGCAGGGCAUGGCCUUAAGCCCUGGCGCCUCUAGCAUUGGAGAAAACUCUAAUUCCUCCACAUCAUCAGCGCUGGUCACCUCCCCCACUGCAGCCCUCAAUGCCCCAACCUUUGCCUCUGUUUCCAGCACUAUGGUACAGAGCUUCCAACAGACCCCGCCCCUCAGUACACAGGCUGUCUUCACCUCUGGGCCUGCUCAGGCUGUCUUUACACCUGCGCCUGCCCAGGCUGUACCCCAGCAGACCUGCCCAUCCCCACCAGCGCCCCCACCACCCCCACCCCUCCCUACAAGACCAACUCAGUGCGUGGCCCCUAGAACCGCCACCAAGGCGCUGACAUCAAUACCCGCCAGCGCCCUGAGCCUACCCAAGCUGACGGGUAACUUGGAGGAGAUGAAAGUUGCAGACCUCAAGGCUGAGCUCAAGAAGCGCAGCCUGCCUGUCUCUGGCCCCAAGCCCCAGCUUAUAGAACGUUUAAAACCUUUCACAGAGUCCCCCAGCCCCACCGGCCCCAAGCCCAAUGGCUCACGACCCCCCUCACGGGUCUCUACCCCACUGCUCAUUGGCCAGACCAGCUUUCAUAUCAAGACUGAGCCAAACGGAGAGGUGACGGCAGCUCCUAUCACCCGACCUGUCACAUCAGCUACCUCUGUGCUGGUAUCCUCCUCCAGUGCGUACACCUCACCUUCUGCCUUCUCUGUGCCCAUCACAAUGCCCCUCUCAAUGCCCCUGGGUACACUGGGCCUAAAGACAGUUGCCAGUGUAAAGCCUAUGGUUAAAGAAGAGCCUAUGACAACAACAGAGGUAUCCCCCCCCUGCUCGCCACCAAACACCCUGAUGUCUGUGCAGGAGCCGCGUACACCAAUGAGCCCUGAGAGUGAGGUGAGCUCCCCCACUGUGCUGAGGACAAAAGUUGUCCCAACAUUCUCCCCCAGCAAGCAAGCGGGCACCUUGUGUAUGGUGCCAGGGCAGACAGUGCUGUCCAUGAACACGGACAGGCCAGCCUCAGUGCUGCCAGCUGAGAUGAUGCCCAUGGAAGUGGACUCGGUUUCUGUGGACUUGAACCAGGGCGUUGACGACACAGCUUUUAAAGCAGCUAGCUUGGGCCACAGCCUAGAUUCUGGCAGCUUCAAGGCCCUCAUUCAGCCCAUCACCAAUAGCUACAAGACUCUCAGCCAGAACUCUCUAGAUAGCUCUAGCCAAAUGAAGACAAACUUGUUAGAUACAAAGACUAUCAAGAGCAUCAACCUGAGUCCCCACCUGGAUGGCUCAGCUACCAUUAAAAGUAUCAGCCUGAGCUCUCCCCCUGAACCAAUCACCAUCAAAACCAUCAACCUCGGCUCUGCUGCCGACAGCUCCCAGUUCAAGACAGUCAGCCUGAGCCCCACAGCAGAUGGGGCAGCUUUCAAGACAGUCAGCCUUAGUGAGAACUCGCUGCUGAAGGCAGUCAAGAUGGCCUCCCCCACCCAGAUGUCCCCAGUCCAGCUGACAGCACCUGUGACCCACACACUGACUAGCCCAGCCUCCCUGCUCCAGCUCCAACAGCUCCAGCAGCUGCAGACCCUGCAACAGCUGCAGCAGCAGCUUCUCCAGCAGACGCAGGCCCAGCAGUUCCAGUCCAGUGCCGUCCCCUUGACCAGCAACGAGCAUGUGGUCCUGGCCCAGGCCAAACAGAUAGAAGAGCUACAGCGUCAGCUGCAAGAAUCACACCUCAAGCUCAAGCUGCAGCAGCUGCAGCAGAUGCAGCUGCAACAGCAGCAGCUUCAACAACAGCAGCAACAGCAGCUUCAACAACAGCAACAACAGAUGUGGCAAGUUAGGAUACCUUCCAAUUUUAACCAGAACUCACUGAUGACCAAACUUUCACAAGAGCAGGUGAGCCAGCAGUUGAGCCAACAGGUGAGCCAGCAGUUGAGCCAGGUGAUGAGCUCACCUGUACAGCUUCAGCAGCAGCCGGCAUCAAUUUUCUUGAAUGGUCACAGCAUUCAGCCAGCCCCACUUGUUGUCUCAGGUGUGCAGCAGAGCGUGCAGCCAGCACAGGUGAUGGUGUCCAGCCCUGCAGGCUUGAGCAUGACUGCCAACACUGGCCAGCCUGCAGUCUCCCUGCCCUACGCCAUCCACAUCAACUUGACCAGCUCCGGCCAGGUCAAGCUGCCACCUCAGCUACAGCCCAUAACAACAUCCACAGCUUCAGCAGCCACGGCCACCAAAACAUCGGCCGUCCCAUCCGUCCAGAUCCCAGCUCAACUUCUUCUCAACACUGCACCCCAGCAUGUUGCCAACACAGCUCAAACUAUCAAAACAGAGCCAGACACAGCACAUACAAUGGGUCCUCCAACAUCAACUUGUGUUCCAAAAUCCCAUGUGCCCAGCAGUAGCCAACCAUAUGUCUUCACAGCUUCCUCGGCCUCUGUCAUAUCAGCCCAAAGCAAUGGGAUCAUAGCCAGAACCAACUCGCUACCCUCGGCACCACUUGUCAGUGACCAACAUGAGACCAUCCAGAGGUGUACGUCCAGCCCAUAUUUCAAUGGACCCAUGAAAGAGCCACCGCGUUAUGAUGAGGCCAUCAAAAUUAAGCAGCAGCAAACGGUGCCACCCCUGAUAAACAAUAAGAAGGAAGUGACUACAGAUAGUCCAGUUAGUACCAACAACAACAACACCAUCAACAACAACACCAUCAACAAAACCCUGACUUUGGGUCAGAUUGGCCCUGAUGUUAAGUCUCAAACCAUGGAUGAUGUCUUGGAGAUUCUAAUCAGAAAUGGAGAUUUGCCACCAAGUGCAGCCACAGAACCCCUGCCCACACCAAAAAUGAGCCAAGCUGGGCCAGAAACCAGCAGUGUUCCCAUGACAACAGCAGCUGGCGUGACUUCAAACAGCUACUCUGGUCAGCAGCACCUCAGCCCAAGGGACCAAACCUUGACCUCUGUCCACACCUUUUCUGACUCUUUCCUGAGCGCCCCACAUUGCGCAGCCCCCCAGGAGCUGACGGCUCCCUUGGGUGACCCCCAGGCUGAUGCAGGGGAGCUGCUGGACUGGGGAGAAAUGCUGCCCUCACCAGACCUCUCCACCAUGGACUGGUCAACUGAGACAGGUUUUAAUCAGCUGGACAUGGGAGAACCCAGCCUCAACCUGGAGGUCAAGGUCACAGAAUCCCAGCUGACCAGCCAUGACGGGUACAAUGAGCUGCUGGACCAAGGCAAUGCAAGUGGGCCCUACGGGGCCAGUCUACACACUCCCAGCAGGCAUGGCUCCGAGCCAGACCUGGCCGCGCUGGGCUUGGGGGGUGAGUCCAGUGACAUUGUGGACCCCUCAACACAAAUGGAUAUGUCAGACUGGCUAGAUGUCAUGAUGCCAAAUGUCAACAUGAUGCCAAAUGUCAACAUGUCCAUCAACCAUCACAUGAACCUGUCCAGCAGUUUUUCAGCUGAUCCCAUCCUGACUCCCAGAACACAGCAGGAAGUUUUUGACAUCUUCAACUUUGAUGACCCGGAGUACGGCCCUUCUGUCAUGAGCUGGGACAAGCCAGCCGAGCAGAGUACGAGCAGCUGAACACUGGCACGCUGUCUUAUGGGACAGUUAACUAGCUGAACACUGUCACGCUGUCUUAUGGGACAGUUAACUAGCUGAACAC